AUGGCACCGCCCAAGAGCCGAGUCCGUAAAUUCCACCGCCGUAGCAAGAACGGCUGUACGACAUGCAAGCAGCGCCAUGUGCGAUGCGACGAGCGCAAACCUCUAUGCACGAACUGCCUGCAGACCGGCAAGGACUGCAUCUACCCGGAGUCCGAACCCGACCAUGAUUCUCGAGCCGCCUCCGAGUCGGUCGCCUCCGAGGCCGAGGCCCCUCUUGUCAAUGUCGUGUCCCACCAACCAUUUGCCGGGUUCUCAGGUGACUACCAGAUGUCGCCCAUGUCGCAGUGGCUUUGGCACCAGUUUUCCACCUUCUACGUGAGGGGUCAAACCCCGGUUGAGAGGGGGCAAAACUUGUGCAGCGUGCAAAGAACGCUGCUGCAUCCAGGUCUUCUUCAUGGGUGUUUGGUUGUCGCGGCCUGUCAGUGGGCGUGGGUGACCGGUUCUCUCGAGCACGUCAAAGUCCCGUUUCUGUACCACAAGGCGGCGGCGUAUGAAUUUGCAAAGCAGCAGCUCUCCGAGUCUGUGGAGACUGUCAGUGACACGACCGUCUUCGCGAUAGCCACACUGGCACUCACCGAGGGGGCUGUUGGCGAUCUAGAUGCGUCUUCAAAGCACCUGCGUGGUCUUCACAGACUGACGCGUAGGAAGAAUGGCUACAACUUGAUGAGGUCGAACUUGGCGCAGCAGAUGUUGGAGAUGGCCGGAGAUCGGCUUCGUCGAGGUGAGGUGAACGUCAUACACGACGCCAUCAGCGCCGAUUUCCAGCCCAGCAUCAUCGCUUUGCUGUUCACAUCAUUGUGGGAUAUGGAAAGCCUACCACCGCGACAAGCACCAAGAUACGGCUGGUGGGAGGGUGACGAGACCCCAACGGACAGGCUUUGGCAGGACUACACCAAGAACCUCAACUGGGAGCUCUCAAGGGGGUUUGACCCCGAGCGCAACAUCGCCACCAUGUUGAACGGCGACGCAAAGAGCAGCAGGGCAAGCUACAUCGCCACCUUCUUCUACCUCGUCAUGGCGGUCAACGACAGCGAGAUGGAUUGCGUCUUGACGGUAUGGUUGCUGGAGCAGCUCAUCGACGACGUCUGCGACAAGGAGGAGGAGAUGAUUGCCGGUACAUUCAGCCGCAGUCUGUGGUUUUGGAGUGUCUUGUUCGGCGCCGCCGUAGCCAACACGGGCAGGCCCAUCACAGCAACGGGCAGGGAGCAGCUCGCGAAGUGGAGAGCGAUGUACGCGGCGAAGCUAGGCCUGGCGAGCAGCGUGAUGCGGCUUGAUAGUUGGCAAACAGCAAAAGCAGUUCUCGCCGAGGUCGCCUGGACCGAUGGUUCAGAUGCGGAGGGGCGGCUACAAGACAUUUGGGAGGAUGCAGUAGUGGGCCGGGGCCCCCAGGACCGGGUCCUCGAUAUGAGCGGAGGAGGGACUUGGUGA